CCCGCCCCAACUUUUCUUCUUGCAUGAUUUCCCUCGCACGGAUUUGCCACUCGGAUGUUGUUUCCUCGGGAGCCGAGCUCGGAGCCACGUUGAACCAGCCUUUUCCUCCAGUGCUAUGACAGGCAAACUACUGGAGAAGCUGCCGGGGACCAUGAACACUUUGAUGAACCAAUUGCCUGACAAUCUGUACCCAGAGGAGAUCCCCAACUCUUUGAAUAUCUUCUCCAGCACCAGCGACUCGGUGGCUCACUACAACCAGAUGGCUGCAGAUAAUGUUAUGGACAUUGGCUUAGCGAACGAAAAGGCCGGUCAGGAAUUGUCCUCCUACUCGGGCACUUUUCAACCCGCCCCGGGCAACAAGACUGUCACCUACCUGGGGAAAUUCGCUUUUGACUCGCCCUCCAACUGGUGCCAGGACAACAUCAUCAGCCUGAUGAGCGCCGGCAUCCUGGGGGUGCCGCCGUCCUCGGGCGCGCUCACCAGCACGCAGAGCUCGGCGGGCAGCAUGGGGCCGCCGCAGGGCGAGGUGGACCAGAUGUACCCCGCGCUGCCGCCCUACUCCUCCUGCAGUGACCUCUACCCAGAGCCCGUCUCCUUCCACGACCCCCAGAGCAACCCCGGCCUCACCUACUCCCCCCAGGAUUACCAGGCGGCCAAGCCCGCCUUGGACAGCAACCUCUUCCCCAUGAUCCCAGACUAUAACCUCUACCACCACCCCAACGACAUGGGCACCAUCACGGAGCACAAACCCUUCCAGAGCUUGGACCCCAUCCGCGUCAACCCGCCCCCCAUCACCCCGCUGGAGACCAUCAAGGCCUUCAAGGACAAGCAGAUCCACCCGGGUUUCGGGGGGCUGCCGCAGCCGCCGCUCACGCUCAAGCCCAUCCGACCCCGCAAGUAUCCCAACCGGCCCAGCAAGACGCCGCUGCACGAGCGGCCCCACGCCUGCCCGGCCGAGGGCUGCGACCGCCGCUUCUCCCGCUCCGACGAGCUCACCCGUCACCUCCGCAUCCACACGGGCCACAAGCCCUUCCAGUGCCGCAUCUGCAUGCGGAGCUUCAGCCGCAGCGACCACCUCACCACCCACAUCCGCACCCACACCGGCGAGAAGCCCUUCGCCUGCGAGUUCUGCGGCCGCAAGUUCGCCCGCUCCGACGAGCGCAAGCGGCACGCCAAGAUCCACCUCAAGCAGAAGGAGAAGAAGGCCGAGAAGGGCUCGGGGGUGCAGCCCCCCGCCGCGCCCCCCGCCGCCACCGCCACCACCUCGCCGCCCGUCGCCCUCGCCCCCGCCGUCACCACGUGCGCUUGAGGGAUUGUGGGGGGCGGCGCGGUGGCACCCCUUCUCCUCCCCUUGCCCUCGGCACCGCUCCGGGGGGAACCCCACGGUGUUCAGGAUACCGGGCUUGCGCUGCGACGGGUCCGCUCUGCCCGCACCCGGAUUGACCGGGUCCAGGCUGCCCGCACCUGGAUCCUGCCUGCACUUGGAUCGAUGGGACCCGCACCGCCCGCACCCGGAUUGCCCGGACUCUGCGCUGCCCGCGCUGGGAUUGCUCGCAGCACCUGGAUCCCGGCUGCCUGCUCCUGCACCUUCCACAUCCCGGCUGCUUCCACCUGCCCUGCCCGGGCCCGGGCCGCCCGCCCUGCCCGGAUCCCGGCCGCCUGCUCCCGCACCUCCCGGAUCCCGCCCGGGGCCGGGCCGUCCGCACCCUCCUUGCCCGGCUCUCCCGGCUCCUGGAUUACUCGCACCGCCCGAAUCCCGGCUGGAUUGCCCCAUCCCGGCCCUCACCCGGCACCUCCCGGCUCGGGGCUGCCCGGGCGGCCGAUCCCGGGGAUGCUCCCGGCUGACCCGGAUCCCGGGGCUCGGUCCGGGUGGCUGCUCCAGGAUCUGCCCCCAUCCCGGUCCCGUCCUGCCCGGCUCCCCCGGGGCUGCGCGCUCCAGGAUCCGUGAGGGGAUGGAUGGAUGGAUGGAUGGAUGGAUGGAUGGAUGGAUGGAUGGAUGAUGGACUGAUGGAUGGAUGGAGCUCAUCUGGCUCCUCUCCUCGCUGGGCCUGGCGCUCCCGCUGCCCUCCCCAGCCCCGUGUCCCCCCCGUGUCCCCAAGCACCGGCUCCCCGUGCUGGAGGUAAGAGGGCUCAGCCCCCCGAGCCAGGCUGGGGGGGCGGGGGGCGGCUCUGCGGGUCCCCCCAACUCUGGGGAGCGAUGUCCCGGCAGCAGCUUUUGGGUUUGUUUUCUUAUUUUUGGUUUCUUUUCCUUUUUAUUAUUAUUUUUUUUUUCUUUGUUUUCAGCAGAAGGGAAAUUCUUUACAGAAAUACAGGGAAAAAAAAAAAAGCACCCCAGUAUUUUGCUGAAUACUUUUUAUAAUGUGAGAUAUUUUUAUUUUAUUUUAUUUGGUCACUUUAAAACAACCACCCAACUAUGGAGGAGAAAAAUCAAUUAGUCCUCUAUUUUAUUAUUAUUUUUUUUUUUCUUUCUCCUUCUGGUAUGUGCAUGUCAUUGCAUGACUGCUCUGAUUUUUUUCUUCUUUUGUUUUAAUAAAACUGUGCUCAGACAUUUAAGCUAAACUAAGCAAAAAUAAUAAUGACUUAAAAAGAAAAAAAAAUCUUUGUUGCCAAAAGGUCGUGCUAUCCAGGUUUGAUGUCUGCAUGUGAAAAAAAAACACAAAAAAACACAUUAAAAACGUACAAAAAAUAAAGAGAAGAGGAAGAAUGCAGUCUAAUUUAUGUGAACUGAAAGGAACAAAAAAAAAAAAAAAAAACAAACCACAAUCAGGUUUAACCACACAAACCUAAGGGAAUGAUAUUUUUUGAAAGACUUUUGUAUAAAGUUGAGUACUUAGAGAAAAAAAAUCAUACCAGAUGUAAUAUAUUUUGUGGAUGUUUUUAUUUCUUGGAUUUAUAGUACCUUAUACUAAGGUUAAAAAAAAAUUAUGCUUGAUAUUGUGAAAAGGUGAUAAUUUUCACACACAUUUCAUUUGCUCAUUUGUCAUGUUGUAAUGCAAAUAUGAUAGUUAAUGCAUACAGCAUUUUUAAGGGAAAAAAUCAGAAAUAUUGAACUGAUGUAUUGUUGUACCAUUUGCACUGUGAGCAAAUGCUAAUGCAGUAAAUAUAUUGUGUUUGCUGACAAUCAAAAUCUGUAGUAAAUAUCUUUAUUUGCUUAAAUUGAUCUAUAUUGGUUUGGAAAGUAAAAAACACAAGGUUUUAAUGUGUAAGGGGAGUGUAAAAAGGGCUGAAAUGUGCAGGGAAGUGGGUGCUGUUUCUCUUUACGGGCGACUUUGAAACCUGUCUGUACAGAAUUUUUUUUCCUAGUGCUGUAUUUCCUUAAAUAUUAUUUUUUGUAUGAUUUUUUUUAAAAAAAG